UACACAUAGAGACAGUGAAUACACUUUGCUUACUACUACUCCCGGACACAGAGGUGCGGCAUGCUGUCCUUUUAAGCCAGGCAGGUUGGCAGAUGGGCAAUCAGCGGGAUACAGAUUUAAAACCCAGAGCAAAAGCUGCAGAACACACAGUUCUGGGGUUUCUGCACAACCUCUACAAGCAGGUAGCAGCCAAAUACAUUCUCCAAUCCCUUUUAUGGAACACAAUGUGGGUAAAAUUGCUCUCCGUAGUUGCAGAAUUUUGUUUUUCCCCUUUCUUAGUUACUGAUGAAGAGACAGUUUCAGAUGCUCUGGAGAGAAGCUCUCUAUCCUCUCAAGACUCUCAGCAGCCCACUAGUACUGUCUCAAUAAUGGAAGAUUCUAGUACAUUAGAGAUGGGCAAAGAAGAGGAAGAACAAACUACUCAAGAUGCCGACUUGACCACUGAAGCAAAUCCUCAGUAUAUGGAAUUGACAAGGAAGAAAAGUGGCAUCCUGCUGCUCACUCUGGUGUCCUUCCUCAUUUUCAUACUCUUCAUCAUAGUCCAGCUGUUCAUAAUGAAGCUGCGGAAAGCACAUGUGACAUGGAAAAAAGAAAAUGAAAUUUCAGAGAACACACUAGAAAGUUACAGAUCGAGGUCAAAUAAUGAAGAAACAUCAUCCCAAGAGAAAAAUGGCCAAACUUCCCACCCAAAGCGUUGCAUAAACUACAUCACGAAGUUGUACUCAGAUGCAAAAACAAAGAGGAAGGAAAAUGCACAACAUUCAGAAUUAAAAGAAAAGCAGACUCAUAUACCAGAGAGUAUUGUGUAGUGCUCCCUGCAGUAGAAAAUGUGAUUUCAGGGCAGCCGCAGCGUCAUCUCAGCGGAGCAGCCCGUGGGGAAGAGCAUAAUGACUGUGCCAUGGAAAACGUCCUUGCUGUGCAACAUGAGACGGUGUCCUCAGAUGAUAAUCUGUCCCAGAGCCAGCACGACAACAUGAGGACCGAACCACACACAUAAAGCUCCUUGUU